GACAGAAAAAGUGAGUCAGACGCAAUUUUAGGUGUGGCUCAAAAUCACAAUCGCGGAAAUAUUAAAAAACAAAAUAGUUGCAAGCAAGGACGAUUGACUGAUGUAACUAAAUUACAAACAUAUGAAAGAACACGUUUAAUACAAUAUUAUGGAGCGAUAUUGAUAAGAUAAUUUACGGGAAGCGCGCAUGCUUUGUGGCUGUUGUUAUUGUGCAUUUCCGUCAUUACGGUAACGAAGCGAAAGUCGUCUUAUACAGAUAUGGCGCUGUCCUGUUCAAGGCUCGCCAACAAUUUGUCUUUGAUUCGACUCUGGAGCGUCAGGACAAACCAAAUUGCCAAUGGACUGUCCGGCCCUUGUGUGUGUCACCAGUUCAGACAUUACUCGACGACUGAAGUCCGACGAGGGCUUGGUCGCUAUGUGACGUCCAGGUUGCAGUGGGUCAACACCAAAUAUGAGGGGUUCCUCAAAAGGCGAUUCCCACGCUUUUAUCUGCUCUACCACACCUUUACAGAAGGAUUCAAACUUCUUUUCCGAGAUGCUCGAGACGUUAGCAUGAUCAAAACAAAGAUGUCAAGAAACGGAAUCAAGUUCCAAAAUUUGUCCUACAGGGAAAUGGAGAAACUCAGACAGUUUCGCCGAAACAUGUUGAAAGGCAUCCCACUGGUGUUGAUUUCCAUUCCUCCCUUUGCCAACUACCUGGUUUUCAUCUUGAUGUAUCUUUUCCCCCGCCAGGUGCUGAUCCCUCAUUUCUGGACUCCGAAGCAGCAGGUAGAGUUCCGCCAGUUGUAUCAUAUGUUCAGGGCGCGUCAGCACCGACCCAUCCUGCAAGGGCUCCAGCGUGCCAGCGGCAAGGUCAAAGAUUCUCAGCUGAGGAGUCGCCUCGACAUCCUGUGCUCUCAGGUGCAAAAUGGAGCAAACCCCAAAGUGUCCGAAAUCCUUGCAGUGCGGAGCCUAUUCUCGGGGACUCUGCUUGGCAUGAGCAAGAUGAGUGUGGCUCAUAAGAGAAACAUGAGCUCCCUGCUCUUCUUGACACGCCACCUCCCCGGCUUCCUGAUUGGCCGACGGCUGUCCAGUCAUGCCUUGGAGCUGCUCCAUCUGGACCGAGCCCUCAACAAGCUGGGCCCGCACCAGCUCAGCGACUCUGAAGUCAGACAGGCCUGCUACUUGAGGGGACUCAACUCAGAUCGUCUCGCCGUCAACCAGUGUAGAGAGUGGUUGUACCAAUGGCUUCAGAUCUCCUCCUCACUCAAAGAGUCGGAUGUAUCGCUCCUUUUGCACUGUCUCGUGUUCCUCUCCGCCAACUUCCCGAAUGGGAUUAGCCGUACCUAAUGGGAACCCGCACAGUCCCACUGCUUUGAGGGACUUCUCACCAGUUGACAGCAUUUGUUGCUUUCCUGAUAGGGAAACUGAUUUCAAAAUAUUGUUUGAUGGCAUGAUUAACAGAUUUAGAGCUUUAAAAAAAAAAAAAAAAAAAAAACUAAAAUUGAUGAGCUCACUUGAAAGCUCCCACAUAGUAUGCACUGCAGUAUCUCAGUGUUAAGAGUCGAUCUGACUGGAGGGCAGUUUACACAUUUCACUCAGCCUAUCACUGGAAACGCAUCACUGAUUUCAUAACAUCAAAAACUCAGUUUACUUAAAAGGUAAAACGUCAUAAAUUUAAGUUGGAUAUUGUUGUCAAAAAACAUUCCGUUUGCAAUUGUCAGCAUGUGUUGCAUUUUCUUGUGUUUUACCUCAGUUCUUUUUUUAAACAUUUGUAUUAAAAGUGAAAGCUAGCAAAAUAUAAUUGUAAAAAGAAUGCUGUCGAAUCAAAAGCAGAC